AUGACGAAGAAGGCGGAGGAGGAGCAGGACGAGGAGGAGGUAGUAGAAGAGAAGAAGAAGGAGAAGAUGAUGAAGAAGAAGGGAGAGAAGAAUACGAAGGCAAAAUCGCUUUUUUAUAAGGUGUCACACCACAUUUGUGAUGCAGCUAGACUGCAGGUGUGUGCGUAGGGGAAUCGCUUGUGUCUGUGUGCUGUUGCUACUAUUGCUGAUGAUGUUGGUGCUGCUGCCGCUAGCGCUGCUACUACUGUUGUUGCUGCCUAUGCGACUACUGCUACUACCACUACCAGCUAA